CAACAACAAAACCAAUACCUAUUUCGGCAACAGCAGCAGCUAUAGGAAUUAUUGGUCAACCACCACCACCACCAUUACCGCCUUUACCACAUCAUCAGAUUAUUUAUACACAUUCAUCACCAUCAAAUAGAUCUCCAAAUCAUCAUCAUUUAAAUAGCCCGUAUGAUAUUGAUGGAUCGGCUACGGUUGCUAUAGCUGCUGCUCAAUACUCACAAUAUCAUCCAUAUAUGAAUACAGCCCAAUAUAUUUCACCUCAUCAUCAUCAUCAACAGCCACAUUAUGUUGAUACAAACAAUAUAUCUUGUCUAUAUACGACAUCCUCAUCAUCAGCAAAUAGUCCAUCGUAUCAUCAUCAAAUGUAUGAAACUGGAGAAUCAGCAUUGUAUGUAGAUAGCUUUGAAGCGGCUCCUUCUGGUCAAUUUAUGACCGAUCUUAUGGCUGCUACACAUCAUCAUCCACAACAACAACAGCAUCAUCAUCAUCAUGCUCAUCAACAACCAAUUUUAUAUUACAAUCCAAGCGAUGAAAUCACUGUCCAUGAUACAAUGGUCAAUAAUAAUUGCAGUAACAAUAACAAUAACAGUCCAAAUAAUAAAAAAACAAUCUCAAAACGAUCAAAUGUAACAUUAUUACAAUCGGCAACGACACCAACAUCAACACCAUCAUCGACGAUAACCGAUUUACCAUCGAUUGAUGGUACUAAUAAUAGUAGUUUAUAUGUUACAACACAUUCUCAAACAGGAACAAAAUUGACAAAAAACAAUUCUACUAUGGUAAUGGAAAAUUUAUCAAAUUGUGAUCAACAACAACAACAACAACAAUUAUAUCACCUAAGGCAAUCUUCAGUCUCUAGCAGUCAAUCUAAUUCCAAUAAUAAUAAUAAUAAUAACAAUUCUGGACAAACACAAUCAUCAUCACAUGAAAAGAUUUGUCUGAUCAACAAACGUAAUGGGACAGCUGUGUAAAAUGAUAAUAAUAUAAUCCAACGAUGGACAGCCUGGAUAAAAUUUUUUUUUUCGCUACGGAUACAAUAUUCAUCUUUUAAAUUUUAUAAUCACCAUUAUACGAUUCUCAUAGGAAUUCCAUUGUAUUUAUUAAUGCUGUAACAAUUUUGUUGAA